ACAAAAAAUAAUUUUCAUGGCCACAGAGCUAUUAAAUAAAUGGUGUUUGGGGGUAGUAUAUGUUCCCCUUUCGAAGUCAGGGGACAGCACCAUUUCCCUCGUGGGACAGGCGCAGACUCCUUAGACCCAAAAAAGAAGAAGAAAAAAAAAAAAGUCGUAGCCACGGGUAGCGCCGCGUCAGUUCGGAGCCGGAGCCGGAGAUCGGCAAUGUCUGCCGCCGGUAAUCCGUUAUCUUCCGCUGCCACUUCCACGGAGGCGCCUCCACCUGACACUACUAAGAAACCUGUCGAUUUCUCUGCUGAUUGGGUUCCUUCGUCUGAUCAGCGUAGUUACUGUUUGGAAGCACUAAAAGCCUUUAAGGAGAAAAAGUCUCACUCUCCAGAAAAAAUUGCCUCUGAAUUCUCAUCUUUGCAGAAAAAUAGGUUGAAAGCUUCGGAAAUGAAGAGUAGAUGCUUGGUGGCAUUGGACAGCACAAACAUCAGCAAGAAUCGUUAUACUGAUGUUAUCCCAUUUGACAAUAACAGGGUUGUUUUGGAUCCAUGUAAAGACUACAGACCGUUAGCUAAGGGAUAUGUCAAUGCAAGCUUUAUAGCGAUAUCUGAAGGGGUAUCCCGGUUUAUUGCAACACAAGGUCCACUAGCACACACCUUUGAAGACUUCUGGGAAAUGAUAAUCCAGCAACGCUGUCCUGUGAUUGUGAUGCUUACACGAUUGGUUGACAAUUACAAGAUGGUGAAGUGUGGGGAUUACUUUCAGGCAGAGGAUGGGCCUAGAACAUUUGGCAAUAUAUGUAUUGUGACAAAAUAUAUAACGAGUGAUACCUCUUUAGCAAUGCGAAUUCUGGAGGUGAACUAUAUUGAGUCAGAAGAACCACCUUUGCGUGUUUUGCACAUUCAGUAUCCUGAAUGGCCUGACCAUGGAGUUCCAAGAGACACAUUUGCUGUUCGUGAGAUUCUGAAACUAACGUAUAAUGUGCCUCUCAGUCUUGGACCAAUUGUAGUACACUGCAGUGCAGGUAUCGGCAGGACUGGAACAUAUUGCACAAUCCAUAAUACCAUCCAGAGAAUACUGGGUGGAGAUAUGUCUGCUCUCGACAUUGUCAAUACAGUAGCCAUUUUUAGGUCUCAGCGAAUUGGGAUGGUCCAGACCAUGGAUCAAUACCUCUUCUGCUAUGAUGCCAUUAUUGAUGAACUGGAAGAUCUAAUUUCAGAUGACAACGGAGAGAAGAAUCUGUAAUUGUAAUUUUCAUUUAGUUGGAAGUUCAUUGGUUGCUGCAGCAAGUAGAAGUACAUGCAUCAAUUAUUUUUACUCAAGAAAUUUCAACCUUAUUUAUUCUCUGUAUCUUGCUAGUCAUGUCCCGAACAAAGAACCCCUCAAUCUGUCGUCUUAACUUUGUACAGAAGUGAGUUAACAAGAGCUGUGAUUCUUGGUCACAAUGAGAUAUGAAACAGUAGUUUUGCUGAAGACGCAAAUCAGUUGGCUCUACUUCAGUUGCUUCUUCCCCCUCUUUGUGUGGGAUCCCAAGCUGUUCAAGUGCUGAGAACUCAUUUGGAUUCUCUUUGAAAUUCAAAGUUGCAUGCCGAUGUCAGGUGUAUCCAUCCUUUGGCUAACUGAAUAUCAUGAAGUCAAAAUAUUUGCAGAUCCAGAAAAUUAUAUUGCUGGUAUUUAUGGUUUCCGUGUAACAUUCAUUCAACACUAACCAUGUUGUAACUCUUUAUGUUAUGUGGAGUCAAACUGCUAAUUAAUGAUUAUUUGCAUUGAUAUGGAUUUGAAA